AUGCCUUCUCAGUCGCCCUGGGGAAGUGAAAGCGAGUUGCAAAUCUCGGGCGCGCACGAUCAGGGCCUGGCCGACCUGUCUCAAUCACAACAGGCCGAGUGGCCAGCGAUUGCCCUGAGACACAUGCAGCGCUUUCACCCGGAGCCCACGGAAAGGCACGCAGGUGCCGCCAGGAAGGCAAAGGCACAACCAGUCGGGGCUGAUUUCAUGCACUUGAUUGAGGGAGACUACUGGCCGGAGACCUAUGGCCCGACACACGAACUCGGUGACCCGGUCGCCGCCACUCUCAUGGCAGGGAUCCAGGCGCCCCCGGUAGCAGCCCACCGUGGUUCCCAUUCCAAUCACCGGGCGAGACCCGAAAGAUACGGGUCCGGUUUCGACAGCGAGUCCUCCUCGUCUUCGGAUGUAUCCAAGCAGCCAGCGCUCGACUAUACCCGUCAUACCCCUCUUUCCCUGCAGCGGGACCACAGUCACGAUGCCGGCCCGCAGAGACGCAAAACAAAGGCAAAGGCGGAACGCGACGAGUUUGCCCCGCAGAGGCCGGCCUCCUCCAAGGUCCUCUCCACGGCGACCCCCCCGGUGUGCGCAAGCUCACAUGGGCGUAGACGGCACUCGACGGCUCGAUAUGAGGAUACGGACGAUGACUGCCUCGAAUCCAGGCUCGAGCGCGUCUUGCACAUCGUCGAGGAUAACGGAUUCGACAGCAUCGACUCCAUGACGUCGACAUAUUACACAUCGGAGCUGUCGGAGGACUGCUUUCUGCGCCCGAUGCAGGCGACCAGCCGCACGAGGCGACUCAGGAGUCUGCUUUCGGACCUACAAGCCUCUCACAAGUCGUGGACCGAACGCGAGAGGAGCGCGUACGCCGAGGAGAUGGUGAGGUCGGCAGAAGGCAUAUGCUCCGACGAGCUCGGGGCCUUGUACGGCUCGCGUGCUCCUCUCACGUCCCCUUUGCGCCGCCGUGCCUCCUCUACCUUGCGGGAGCCGUCCCUUCAAGACCAACAAAGCGCCGGUCUCCAUACGAAGCGGAGGGAGAUUGCCCGUCGGAUCCGGGAAGUGCUGUCUUCCCUGGACAUUAGCGAGUUCCUGCAAAAGGACCAGGCAGCGCUGCAAACCUCGGUUCCAGAGACGUGGUCUAUGAUGAUAGAGCUGGCGCGUAGGGCAGGAUUGCAGCCCCAUGAGAGGGUCAUGGUGGCAUGUAUCAACGUCUACCUUUUAACAGACUAUCAUUCUUCUUGA